AUAAUACCCCCAAUUCCCAAAGAAACCCUCAUCAGCAGUCGACAUCUCAUAUUCAUUCCAAUCCCGAAACCUGAAACCUACUGCUGUUGUCUCUUGUCGGCACCACCGUCUAUUGCUGCACUGGCGACUGCCGUACGGCCGCACCAUCCAACAGCCACCAGCCACCGGCGGUCUUUCUGUUCUUCUCUCCAAUCUCCAUCUUUUCUCUUCUUCUUUAAGAUCCACCACUGGAUUUUGCGGAUUUUAGGGAUUUUGAUGAUAUUAGAAAUUUAGGGGUUUUGGGACAUGGAAAAAUCAAAAGGGGGUAGAAGGAAGAAAGAAGAAGAUGAUUCUGCUGAGGACACUGGGUGUUGGAUUAAGCUGCGGUUUAUAGGUAGCUGCAUUACUUCAAGAUCUAAAGUUGAUUCUUCUGUCAGUGGAGCUAGUACUGCCAACUAUGUUGAAAGCAAAUCAACAAAUGAUGCAAGCAGAGAUCAACCGGUUACUGCAGUUGUCUCAUCCACAACAAGUAAUGCUGAAAGCAGCACAUCAACAUCCAAGCUAGAAGAAGAACUCAAAGUUUCUUCUCGACUUCGUAAAUUCACAUUUAAUGAUUUGAAGUUAGCUACUAGAAACUUCAGACCUGAGAGUCUGCUUGGUGAGGGUGGCUUUGGGUGUGUAUUUAAGGGAUGGAUUGAAGAAAAUGGUACUGCUCCGGUGAAACCUGGUACAGGUCUUACUGUUGCAGUUAAAACGCUUAACCAUGAUGGACUUCAGGGUCAUAAAGAAUGGCUGGCUGAGGUGAAUUAUUUGGGUGAUCUUAUUCAUCCAAAUUUGGUGAAACUCAUUGGCUACUGUAUUGAAGAUGAUCAAAGGCUUUUAGUUUAUGAAUUUAUGCCCCGAGGAAGCUUGGAGAAUCAUUUGUUUAGGAGAUCGUUACCUCUCCCAUGGUCUAUUAGGAUGAAAAUUGCCCUUGGUGCUGCUAAGGGUCUUUCUUUUCUUCAUGAAGAAGCUGAAAAGCCAGUGAUUUAUCGUGAUUUCAAGACAUCAAAUAUAUUAUUAGAUGCGGAAUACAGUGCAAAGUUGUCGGAUUUUGGUCUUGCCAAAGAUGGUCCGGAGGAAGGUAAAACUCAUGUAUCUACUCGAGUGAUGGGAACUUAUGGUUAUGCAGCUCCCGAGUAUGUAAUGACAGGUCACCUGACUUCAAGAAGCGAUGUUUACAGUUUCGGAGUAGUUCUACUGGAAAUGAUCACAGGUAGGAGAUCUAUGGACAAAAAUCGGCCCAACGGAGAACACAAUCUUGUUGAAUGGGCUAGGCCACAUCUUGGAGAUAGAAGGAGGUUUUAUCGACUGAUAGACCCUCGGCUUGAAGGCCAUUUCUCUAUAAAAGGCGCACAGAAGGCUGUGCAGUUGGCUGCUCGUUGCCUUAGCCGGGACCCAAAAGCCCGUCCUUUAAUGAGUGAAGUUGUAGAUGCCUUGAAGCCUUUACCUAACCUGAAAGAUAUGGCUAGUUCGUCCUAUUAUUUCCAAACCAUGCAAGCAGACCGUGUUAGGGCAAGCCCAAAUGCUCGAAAUGUUCAACCCACUGCUCCCCAUCAAAGAAAUGGACAAGUGGGUCUAAGGAGCCUCUCUAUACCACAUGGUUCACAUGCGUCACCAUAUCACCAUCAUCAGUACCAUCCAUUUCCUAAACCAAGUGGGAAAUCUUAGUCUUGGAGUCGGUCAGUUCAAUUUGUUCUGCGAGCUUUGUCAUUCCUCGUCUCCCCCAGCUUCUGAUCUUUUUUUUCAUGCUUUGAUUAGCUAAUAUUAGCAUUUGAUGUGACUUAAAAGAUCUGUGGUGCUUGAUCAAAAAUUGCGUAGGCACUAAGGGGAAAAAAGGAAAAGAAAAGAGGCAACAGGAGACAUGUAUGAAUUCUACAAAUUUUUUCCAGUCAGGGGUCUUUGUAAAGCAGUUAUUGUAAAAAGAGGUAAGCAUUGUGGGACAGAAUUAUUAUGUCAAACCUCGAAAUGUUUACAUUAAUGAAGCUUGAAAAUAUAGUCAAGUUUCACUGAAUGAAAGCUUUCUUGUCCCUGUUUUACUAUGUUUCAAUCUUGACCAAAACCUCUGAAGUUGGUAUGUACAGGUUUACUAAAAAGCUUGUGUUUGGGACUCAGACUUCCCUGAUAUGCUAUAGAUUUGGGGCUGUUCUGGUGGUUAAGAUGAGUUUGAUAUAACUGAUGAGUUUGCUAUCGACCAUGCUAUAGUUGUUGGUAGGCGAAAAAAAAAUAAAAGUUUAAGUUUACGAUGACAAAAAUACUAAGAAAAUAGUAGGGAACAUUGAAUUGUAUGAAUAAGAUAAAAAAUAAGUGAAAAUAAGAGAAGGUGCAUGAUAAAAAUUAACGAAAAAUGAUAUAUAACACUCAAAAAUAUGUGGCACUAUUGUUUAUGAUCUCAACCAAAGUCGACAGGUAAAAGAUGUUAAAACAAAAAAGGAUGCAUGCGCAUGCAGUGCUUGAUGCGAUAGUUCUGAUAGGUAGACAUUUGUCUCUGUCUUCUUAGAUUU